AUGGACCCUUACUCGACCGAGAGCGAGCUCAUCAAUAUUCAAAACCACUUCUACCAGGGCCAAUAUGACGCCGUGAUCGACUACGAUACCAGCACCCUAUCUCCCGAAAACCAAACCGCCGCCCAGGUCCUCAUCCUGCGCGCCAAGCUCGGGAUUGGCGCCGUCGACGAGGUUGCUGCCGAAGUCAAGGGCGCCGCGGAACCGGAGCUAGCAGCCGUCGGCGCGCUCGCCGCAUAUGAGUUGGGCCAAACCGAGGCAGCCGUAGGAGUUGUGGAAAAGCUCGUAGAGUCGUCGAGCGACAACCCGGUGGUGCAAGUCCUUGGCGGUAUUGUGCUGCAGAGGGCUGGUAAGAGCGAGGAUGCGUUAAGCUUGCUGAGCAAGCACGAGGGUAACCUGGAGGCCGCUGCUUCGAUUGUUCAGAUCCACCUCGCCCAGAAUAGGAACGAUCUCGCCUUGAAGGAGGUUACAAGCGCAAGGAGGUGGGCUCAAGAUAGUCUCUUGGUGAAUCUUGCCGAGUCUUGGGUCGGUCUUAGGCUGGGAGGAGAGAGGUAUCAGCAAGCCUUCUACGUAUUCGAAGAACUUGCGCAAGCGCCGUCCACUUCUUCAACCAGAUCCCUCGUCUCCCAGGCUGUGGCGGAGCUUCACCUUGGCAGAACCGAAGAGGCGGAAUCCGCUCUCGAGCAGGCAGUCAAGUCGAAUCCCAAGUACGCUGACGCGAUUGCCAAUUUGCUCGUUCUCGCCAUUGUAUCUGGGAAGGAUCCCAAGGAGAUUACAGAGAAACUUGUCCAGGCUGAUCCCAAGCACAGCUUCCUAACGGAUCUUCAAGAGAAGUCGGAUCUGUUUGACAAGGCGGCCUCCAAGUACAGUGCCAAAGCGUGA